ACCAUUGAUGGCCUUGAGAGUGGGCUUUCUUCGAGCACGAUUGCCGACAGGUUCCUCUUUGUCUAUUAGAUUCCCAAUCGAUCGAACUGUAGGCUUCAACCCUAAAGAAUUUACGUUUAUUUGUGAAAAUGGAAGUACAACUGAAGCAGAUUCAGCAUUAAGACGUAUUAACUAACAAACUUGUAUAAUAUCAGUCCUCGUAUGAGGCCACUGAAUUCCCUAAUCGGGAACUGUUUAGAUUCGCUGCACAAAGUUUCAGCAAUCCACGGCUGGACAUUCAAGUCAGGAACCAUAUUGGAUAUUUACAUUGCUAACAAUCUUUUAGGUGCUUAUGUAAAAUACGGCGAAUUUCGCUUUGCACUGAAGCUGUUCGACGAAAUUCCCAACAAAGAUACUGUAACAUGGAACUCAAUGAUUGCUGGUUAUAUAAAGUAUGGGAAUUUAAAGCAUGCAUGGGAGCUUCAGAAAACCAUGAGAAGACUUGGAUUUUCUGUUGAUGGGUAUACUUUUCCAAGUAUACUUAAAGGUAUUGCAAAUGAGGGAUGUAUCCAUCUUGGACAACAAGCACAUUCCACCAUUAUUAAGAUGGGUUAUGCUGGAAAUGUUUAUCCAGCAAGUGCUCUUCUGGACAUGUAUGCAAAAUGUGACAGAAUUGACGAUGCUUUUGCUGUCUUCCAGAAAAUGCCUGAACGGAAUUCCAUCACCUGGAAUGCCUUGAUUGCAGGAUAUGCAGAGAAGGGAGAUAUUGAAACUUGUUUUUGGCUACUAGGUUCAAUGGAGCAGGAAGGUGUGAAACUUGAAGACGGGACUUUCACUCCUCUUUUAACAUUGCUUGAUGACCCUGAUCUAUAUAAACUAACAACGCAGGUUCAUUCCAAGAUUAUAAAGAACGGGUUAACAUUUCAGAAUACUGUUUGCAAUGCCACAAUAACUUCUUAUUCUGAUUGUGGGUCAGUAGAGGACGCAGUCAAAGUGUUUGACGCUGCUGUUGAUUCUAAAGAUAUAGUGACUUGGAAUUCAAUGCUGGCUGCUUACUUGGCAUAUGAAAAGGUAAGCCUUGCUUUUAAACUCUUCCUGGAGAUGCAGUAUUCUGGGUUCAAACCUGAUAUCUAUACAUAUACUGGUAUUCUUAGUGCUUGUUCUGAUGAAUCCCAUGGUAAACUAGCAAGAUCCUUGCACGCGUUAGUGAUGAAGAAGGGAGUAGAAGAGAUAACGUCGAUAUCAAACAGUUUAAUCGCCAUGUAUCUCAAAACACAUGUAGAAAACGUCGAAGAUGCUUUGAAAAUAUUUGAAUCUAUGGAUUAUAGGGAUAGUGUUUCAUGGAAUUCAAUUCUGAAUGGAUUCUCUCAACACGGGCUUAGUGAAAAAGCACUCGAGUUGUUUCGCCAGAUGCGGUAUAUCUCUUUAGAUCUCGAUCAUUAUGCAGUCUCUGCUGUUCUUAGAUGUUGCUCGGAUUUGGCAAUUCUCCAGUUGGGUCAACAAGUUCAUGUUGUGGCACUUAAAUUUGGUCUAGAACUCGACGAUUUUGUAGCCAGCUCAUUGAUAUUCAUGUACUCAAAAUGCGGGAUAAUUGAUGAUGCUCGUAAAUCUUUCGACGAAACACCUAAAGACUCCCCCAUCACUUGGAACUCGAUUAUAUUCGGGUAUGCACAACACGGGCAAGGCAAGAUUGCGUUACAACUUUUUUUCUUAAUGAAGGACAAAAAGAUCAAAAUGGAUCAUAUAACAUUCGUUGCUGUUUUAACCGCUUGUAGCCAUGUUGGUUUGGUGGAUGAAGGUUACAAUAUCCUUAAAGAUAUGGAAUCUAUACAUGGAAUCCCACCUAGAAUGGAGCAUUAUGCUUGUGGGAUCGAUCUCUUUGGACGGGCUGGGCGAUUGGAGGAUGCAAAAGAAUUGGUGGAAGGGAUGCCGUUUGAACCAGAUGCAAUGGUAUUGAAAACUUUGUUAGGUGCUUGUAAGAUUUGCGGUGAUAUUGAGUUGGCUACUAAAGUUGCUAGCCGUUUGCUAGAGUUGGAGCCUGAAGAACAUUGUACAUAUGUUCUACUCUCUAAUAUGUAUGGGCAUUUACAAAAAUGGGAUGAUAAAGCCAUAAUCAAGAGGCAAAUGAGAGACAAGGGGAUUAGGAAAGUACCUGGAUGGAGUUGGAUUGAAGUUAACAACAAGGUGCAUGCUUUUAAUGCUGAGGAUUGUUCACAUAUUUCUUUUAAAGAUAUAUAUUGGAUCUUGGGAGUAUUGUCUGUUGAAAUCAAUAAGUUGAAAACUAUAUUUAUGGGUGAGAUACCUCUAAGUACAUAGAUUUGGAUUAUGCCGUGCCAUAACUGUCAUAAUUUGGAAAGACUGUUUUUGUCAUAUUUCUAGUUCUGAUGUGGAUCCAUACAUUUGGCAGCAGGGUGAACUUAGUUUGACCCAGUUCAAAAACUUAUUGGUGGUUUUUGUGCUAGAUUCAUCAAUAAGCCUCACAGUUCAGGCCUCUUAAUUGUUGUUUCAUUUCCAAUACACUUAUGAAUGCAGAGAGGAUAGAUUGAUUGUUGUUGAUUAUCAUGAGAACCUUGAAGGUACAUAACUUUAUUUCUU